GGCUGUGAAUCAAGGAGGACAUACUGCUCCAGUUCAAGGUGGAUGCAAUGGGAUUGCUCUUAUAAACUCCAUAGCAUUUUCCCAACAUUUUGAUCUGAGGCCUACGGAAGGCAGUUUCCUAAUGGCAAUGGAUUCUCCUCCAUCUAACAAUUUAUCUAUUGAGGGCACGCAGCCCCUGUCAGCCAUGGCCAUGAACUCACAGGCACUUCCGUCUGAUUCCACUUCUUCUGAUUACUAUCCAUGGACAUACCAGAAUCCCUGUUUCCCGGGAUUUCAAGGUGCUGCAUUCUGCUACCAGAAUGAAGGAGCGCAGGUUGUGCCAAUCGCCAUGACAACUACACAGCCAGGUGACCUGACAGCCUCCCAGCUACAAUACGCUGGCCCCAUUUUCACACAGGCUGUGCCAAAUGGCAGCGUUCCCCGUAAACAGUCAGAACGCAGCUUGAUGAAGAACAGGGAAGCUGCCCGUGAAUACAGGAGGAGGAAAAAAGUUUAUAUUCAAGAUCUUGAGAAACGUGCGGAAAAGCUUGAAACUGAAAAUUCGGUUUUGAAGGAAGAGCUUAAAACUUGGAAGAUGCAAGGUCAACAGAAAUUCCAAUAAUUAACUCACAACUGGCUGGAGUCCUUUUGCUGCAUUGCUGUGGCUCAUAUAAAAUGUUUAUUUUAUUUUAUUAUUGGGACAGAUUUGUACAGAAUGCACUGAAUAAUACACUUGAGUGUUUUGCUUCAGUGACCCUUUGUCAUGUUAGUUCACAUUAAAUACAAAAGUCAGCAACUCAUUCAGUGACAUUUUGACAGAUUUCUGGAAUUGAAAAAUCCCAAUGAAUAAUGCCUGCCAUAAUGCAGGCAAUGGGGAAAUUGUCAGUGUAUAAUAGAAUUUCUUAUGUAUGAAAUUGAGUUAAAUAUCAAUAAAGAGAAUGAGUUCAAUGUGUUUAUCAAUGAUAGUUUCUUAGUAUUGUGCAAGAAUCAUAUUGGAAGGAUAUUGUGAAAAAAUGACUUGCUCUAAUACAGAGAAUACCUGAAAUAAACAUUUA